GAACCGGCCGGGAACGCUUGCAUAUCUCAUGACGAGCAGCUUCACGGGCCAGCAAGCGGUCGCCAACGACAUCCGCCACGUCGCCGGACAGGUCCAGGCGCGGCUCCGCGGCGACCUGCACUUCACCGAGGAGUUCAUCCCGAGCGCGCGCGCCGAGGCGAAGAGCUCCAUCUUUGUCUCGUCGGAUUGGAACUCGAACCCGCGCAUGUGCGUCUUCCUCCAGUGCGGGCCUGGCGUCGUGCCGGGCCUCUGGGCGAUCCCGCGCCCACCGAGUGGGAGCGUCCCAUCGGCCUUUACAUCGGCGCUCCACCAAAUGUCGAUGCUGCCGUACGCCCGCGCUGCGGUGCAGAAUGGCCAGUCGGUGGUCAUUAUGAAUCCGAGCACCAACUACGGCGUCGUCAAAGGCCAGAAGGUCAAGAUCCUCCAUAGCGCGACGCCCGAGGACCACGUCGCGCACGUCUGGAACACGUACAUUGCGCCCUCGUCCGCCGGUCAAAUCAACUUUGUCGUCCUCGACGUCGCCGGCUUGCUCUUGAACCAGUUUCUGCGACAGCUCCGGCCCGAACACCACGGACGCAUUGGCGGCGUUGUGUACAUUGACGCGCCGCAGGCCGCGCGCCGGCAUCGGUCCGAGCCGCCGGACUUUGAGACGCUCAUCGAGACGCGGUCGAUCCAUUUUGAGCCGUCGUCCGAGCCCAUGUUCCAGGUCGUCUCGAAUGCCAACCAGUACAAGUGCACGUCGCUCUCGAUCGGGCGCUUCUCAGGCGAUCACUCGGUCGCUUCCGUCAUCCAGUCGGUGCAAGCAUCGGCCUUUAUGUUUCUGCAGCUCAUUGGGAAUGGCCUCGACGAUGCCAUGCUGGCGCUACGGGCAACGAUUCCCAACAAGCUCGUCGUGACCGUCAACCGCGCGCGACUCACGGGACAGCCCUACAACAACCCAUAUGCUGUUGUCGCGUGCGUCGGCCAGAAGAAGGAGACGGUCGGCAACCACCGCAAGACGAUGGACCCGGAGUGGAACCAGACGUUUUCGUUUCCCGUGAGCGACGCCGCGACGACCGUCGUCGUGACCGUCAAGGACAAGACCUUCCCGCUCUCGACGUCGCUCGGCCAUGUCGCGCUGGGCAUGACCGACAUUGGCCUCAACCGCCCCGUGCGCAAGUGGUUCACGCUCCGCGACGAGCGCUCGAGCAGCAGCCACGGCAACGGCGAGCUCGAACUCACACUCGAGUGGGUCCACGACACGUUUGUGGCCCGCACCGACUCGUUCAUUCGCGGCCAGCGCGGCAACAGCGCUGCCCGCCCGCCGUCCGGCGGCGCCAUCAUCGACACGAAACCCGCCAACGCGGCAGAAAACCAGUGCUACCUCUGCAAGUGCAGCUUUCUCAUGCACCGCCGGCGCCACUGCCGCAUGUGUCUCCGGCCGGUCUGCGUGAGCUGCUCGGACCGGCUCUUCCUCCCCGGCUUUAGCGAGGCCAAGCGCGUCUGCACCGCGUGCUGCAACCUCCAGAUCAUGAUCCACAAGCAAGGCACGAACACCGCAGGGUCGUCGCGCACGGCCAGCUCGCAUCUGACGACGCGCCACCCAAGCCCACUCGGCCUCGAUGUACCAACGCCGUACGCCGUUCUACCCUACACGCACCAAAAUGGCGGGCACGCGCCCGUGCAGAUCACGUACGACCAAGCAGCGCUCGACGAAGCGUCGCGCAACAUUGAGCGCAUGGUUGCCCGCGAAAAGGAAAAGGACGACAAGCCCCUCGGUAUCGACGACUUUGACUUGAUGAAGGUCGUGGGCCGCGGCGCAUUUGGCAAGGUCAUGCUCGUGCGCAAGAAGGCGGGAAAGAACGGCGGCGCCAUUUACGCCAUGAAGAUCCUCAAGAAGGCGCACAUCAUUCAAAACGACCAGGUGGAGAACACGAAAGCGGAGCAGCACAUUCUCAAGGAGAUCAACCACCCGUAUGUGGUGCGUCUCCGAUACGCGUUCCAGAACCCGGAGAAACUGUACCUGAUCAUGGACUACUACCCCGGCGGGUCGCUCUACUACCAUUUGCGCAAGUCCAAAAAGUUCUCGGAGGAGCGCACGCGCCUCUACAUGGCGCAGCUUCUCACAGCGAUCAUGCAUCUCCACUCCAAGGACAUUGCGUACCGAGAUUUGAAGCUCGAGAACAUACUCAUGGAUGCCCACGGCCACAUUGCGCUCACGGACUUUGGUCUCUCCAAGGAAGGCCAGUCGAUUGACGGCGCGAUCCGGCAGUCCCAAGCGCAGCUGGGCAUGAAGACCAUUUGCGGCACGGCCGAGUACAUGGCGCCCGAACUCCUUCGGCAUCAAGCGUACGGCAAGGUCGUCGACUGGUGGAGCUACGGCAUUUUGCUCUUCGAGAUGCUCACGGGGCGCACGCCGUUCGUCGAUAAGAACCGGCGCACGAUGUUCAAGAACAUUAUGCACUCGGAGGUCGUGUACCCGCCGUACAUUUCGGCCACCGCGCGCUCCGUCAUUGCGAGGCUACUCACGCGCGACCCGAGCAAGCGCCUCGGGGGCGGCCCCACGGGCGGCAAGGAGAUCAUGGCGCAUCCGUUCUUCGCGCCCAUCGACUGGGACGCGCUGCUCCGGAAGGAGCUCUCGCCGGUCUUUCUGCCCAACGUCAGCGCGAUCGACGACGUCUCGAACGUGCCGGAAAUGUUCCAGAAGAUGGCGGCCAUCGAUUCGCCGAUCGCCAAGGACGGCAAGGCGCUUGCGCACUUCGACGACUUUAGCUACCAAGAGGAGACGAACCUGCGGCAGCAAUAA